GUUAGAGUGUUAUUCAAAAAACUAGAUGCUGGAGAAACUCAGCAGGUCAGGCAGCAUCUUUGGAGGGAAAAUGGACAGUCGAUGUUUUGGAUCGAGACCUUUCAUGUAGACUGGAGAGGUGGUGUUGUUCCUCAAGCUUACUGUGGCAGUGCAGGAGACCACAGGCAGAAAGAUCAGAGCAGAAGUGGGCUGUUCACUUUAAUUGAAGACGGCGGAACUCAAUAUCAGCUUCUCCAACAUUGGAAAACUCACUCUUUCUGUUUGUAUCAGAAUCAGCCGAUUCUGCCCGAUAUCAAAAUUUCGGUUCGGUUUUGUGGGCUGCUGGCCGUUUCCCACAGCCUUGUCACACUGCACAAAGAAACUUAAUCCAACUUUAGCUGCCACGUUACCAUAUCAGUGACGUUCCCUUUAUCACAUCCAUCUCCCCCCACCAACUUCUUUCUCCUCCUCCCCUCCAUUUCUGAAGUGUCCUUGACCUGAAAUGUUGACUGGUUCUCUUUCCACAGAUGCUGUCUCAUCUGCUGACCGUUUUUAGCCUUUUUUUUAAAGAAUUCAGCUUCUGUGUUUUAUUCAUUUUCUUUUCAAGGAAGUAUAUAAAUGCUUGUUUUACUCCAGGGAGCACCCUCAUAUCCAAGAUUGACCACGGCGUCGAAAUUCAAAGCUGUAGCCUUGGCCAUUCGGGCCACAAUUGUGAACAAGGUCUUUAAAAGCGCAGUAACAACAAAUUUCCACAAUAACGUUUCGUUUCUUCCGCCCACUCUUGCUAAUUAAAGUCGUUAUUUACUUCCCUCCCCUUCACGUUUGUGUCGCACGUGAAAGUAAGUUUUUGACUGGUAGUUGCACCGCAAACUUGCUUGUUUAAAAACUAAAUAGCAGAUUUAUACAGACUAAUACGGCCAAGGAACAUUUCGACAGAGAAAUUCUUUUGCACUUUCUCCUCCUCCCAUCAACACACUAAGAGGAAGGAUAUCACCUGAUCACGCUGGCUUCCUGCGAUUCUAUCUAUCAUGCAAAACAAACUGUUUCCGUUUGAUGCUCAAUGAAGAGACGCUUUUUAUUUGUUGGAACCUGCGGCUGUAAAGUGCUAACCAGGAUCGCUUAGUCGCUCUCCUCACAAAGGCAUGAUGUUUUCCAUUAGUCUCACUUAGUGUGGUCCUUAAGCACCAAAGGCAUGGUUGAUAGGCCUCGGGUCACGCACCAGAUGCUCUUGUCCGAGGGUGCGUUGGCCAGGAAAGCAGUACCAUAGAGCCGAGUACUCCCAUCAAAUAAUUGGUGGGGCUCUGUGGGUUUGGCGUUUGUGGGUGCGGCCGGUCUUGUGUUCAGGAAUGGUGCCAGAGCAGCAGUGCGCUGAACUUUCACUUCCACUGUAAACCGAAAUAGCUUUCUGCAUACUCCGAAAAAGCAGGGAUCAACAACAGUGCAGUCAUCCGAAGGAGUUCCGCAAAAGACUUCUCAAUCAACAUUUAAAGAUGCUGCCUGACCUGCUGAGUUCCUCCAGCAUUUUGUGUGUGUUGCUCCAGAUACCAGCAUCUGCAGAAUCUCUUGUGUCUCCUCACAGAGGAAUGUGCAAAGGAUGAGAAGACAUCAAAGAUUCCAUGAAAAAGUUGUGCUGUGUGUUUUGAUAACUCUGGGAUCUCUGGGAUUGCUCUUCAUGUUUUGGAAUGGCAGCCAAUUGCAAGAGACUGAUAACAUUGUCACAGAAACUAUCUAUCGCAAAGACUUGCCCAAGGUUGUUAUUGCUAAUGCAACCAAAUUGGUGCUCAAGCCUAAGUGCCAAGGGAACAAGACAUUUGUGGACCUGCCCACAUUUAAUCAACAGCCACAGCAUAUAAAAAAUUUCUUGAUGUAUAAACACUGCCGAGAAUUUGACAUGAUUCAGAAUGUCCCAGACAAGUGUGGGGGUCGAGAAGGCUCUCGGAAUGUCUUCCUGCUCCUGGUGGUCAAAUCUGACCCUUUCAACCAGGACCGGCGGGAAAUGGUAAGGAAGACCUGGGGGAAGGAGCGAGAAUUCCGAGGGGUCCUAAUUAGGAGAGUCUUUAUCUCUGGUAUCUCUCCUGACUUAAAGGAAAGGAAGAAAUUGAAUCAGCUGUUAGCGAUGGAGAACAGAGAACACAGCGACAUCCUGCAGUGGGAUUUUCUGGAUACUUUUUUCAAUCUCACUCUCAAACAAUACAAGUUACUGCAGUGGGUCAAUGAUUUUUGCCCCAGUGCUCAAUUCCUCUUCAAUGGAGAUGAUGAUGUCUUUGCCAACAGUGACAACAUGGUUGAUUACUUACUAAGUGUGAAGGCUCAUCAACACCUAUUUGUGGGCCAUCUCAUUCAUGGGGUUGGGCCCAUCCGUGAGAAGUGGAGCAAAUAUUAUGUGCCAGAGUUAGUGACCACCAUUAACUCGUACCCACCAUACAUUGGUGGAGGGGGCAUACUUAUGUCUUUGUAUACAGCUCGUAUCAUCUACCACAAAGCCCAAGACCUUGAACUAUACCCCAUUGAUGAUGUGUUUCUGGGGAUGUGCCUGGCCAAAGCUGGGCUUGCCCCACAUUCCCAUAUAGGCUUCAGGACAACUGGAGUCAGGGUUCCAUCGACCCAAGAUGACUCUUUCAAUCCUUGCUACUACCGUGAGUUGCUGCUGGUACACCGUUUUCGGCCUUACGAACUGCUGUUGAUGUGGGAUGCAGUGCACAAUGCUAAUCUGAAAUGUGCUUACUCUUCCCAGAAGUCUAUGUUGGAGAAAAGGAGCGUAUGAGUCACGAGAUCGUGGCAACUGUUGGAAUGUAAUGCUGUCUGUGGACAUGUAUUUUUUUGCAAAGUUCAUGUAAUAUGAUAAAUGUUGAUCAAUUUCUAAAUUAUAUUGAAGGGGAUACAUUAACUCAUAUACUUGAUGUCUUUCUAUACUGCCAAAUGUAUGAUAAGCUGUCAGACUAUGAGGCUGUCAUCACUCAGCCUGAUGUUCACUGCACCCAUAAUCACAUUAUAAAGUAGACAGGAGCACCACAAUCUAAUUGAUCUUAUGGCCAACUGUAAAACCACUCCAGGUGCUCCAAGUGAGCAGUCCCCACGGCACUGCAUACAAAUAAGUAUAUUCCUAUGAGGCACUUGCAUAAUAAGCUACCAAGAAAAAUUUUAUUGAAUGUUAGAUCUGAGCAUUUUAUUUUGCCCUUUCUUACAUGUCCUGCAAAAUAUGAAGGAGAUAAAUGUCCUUGGAGGGGAACAAUGGGAAUGCAGUACAAAUGAGAAUCAAGGUCUAAAAUUGUCUCCAGGUUGGAGGAAUAGAGAAACUAAAAUUAUCGCUUGAGUGCUGAAAGGUCAUCCAGCUGAAUGAUCGUCCUCUUGAACUAGUUCCUAUUUUUUUAAGUAUUUCAAGCCUAAUACAUUUCUUUGGAUGAUAUUGUGCAACUUUUGUGUAACACAGACUGAUGCUACUGUACUUGUCAUGAAAUGCCUUGUUUAUAUUAUUCAUAUACUGUGAGAUUGAAGCUUUUGUAGAACAACUAAAGAAACCUAAUUUUAAUAAAAAUGGUAUUGUUUU